GAGCUCUGACAGCAGCGGCGACUUCGUGGGCCAAACCAAGGAGGUAAACACUUAUGUUUUCGACUAGCAAUUAUGUGACACAGGUGACUGAGUGCUUCCCAUAACACAAGCGCGUUGUGAUGGCUUAAUGUUGAGUUGCACUUCUGCGAAGGAACAGACGCUUCAAUCGUUCCAAUAUUCCAGCAGACUCGCAGUGUCCAUUUUACGUCUUUAGAGUCUCUAACUCGUGCUUUCAAUGUAUGAUGACCUGAAUGCAGAGAUGAAACUGAGAUUGUUCACCGGCGAACCUGAAUUGAGCCGCGGUGGAUGCAUCGAGGGCAGUCACUGGGUGCCGCACCUUCCUCCUCGACCUGGAACCGGGAGUCAGGGCAACCAGAGCCGCCGCGAGAUGCACCGCAGUCCAGCUUGAUCAGAAGUCCUCCGUCGCUUCUUCCUCACCAUCCCCUCUGUUCUACGCUUUUCACGAACUCUCGGCAGCAUAGGAAACUUAGCCUCCAACACCAGCGCACCUCCGGUUCUGAGCAUCAUGAGCACCGCGUUGCCAAUGGCCCCUCCGGCGCAGUCGCCGUUGGCCCAGUAUCGACUGCUUGCACCGACAGCUGCUGCUCGGGUAAGCCCAAUUUGUCUCGGAACCAUGAACUUUGGCACCGCAUGGUCAGUUCCUCGUCCAGAGAGAGUCUCUGGACUACACAAAUCCUGACUGCUUGGGAAGGGAGGAUUGGCUCGGUCGUUGUGACCAAAAUACUGCGGAGUGUAUUCUGGACUUCUUCUACGAACAAGUAAGCAAUUUCAUUGACACAGCUAACAGCUACCAGUUUGGUGACUCUGAGAUAUGGGUUGGUGAAUGGAUGCGGAAGCGCAACAAUCGCGAUGAGAUGGUUACCCCUAGUCAUUGCCACUAAAUACACGAGUAACUUCACCGCCGGUGCCGCAAAUCCGCCUACAGUCAUGGCAAGCUUCACCGGUAAUGGAACAAAGAGCCUGGUCACGUCCCUGAAAAGCAGCCUCGAUAGGCUCCAGACCGGUUACAUAGACUUGCUCUACGUGCACUUCUGGGACUACAGCACCUCGAUCCCGGAACUAAUGCAGUCGCUCAACCAGCUCGUGGCUGCCGGUCAGGUUUUGUAUCUUGGGGCCAGUGACACUCCGGCUUGGGUUGUCAGCAAGGCAAACGAGUACGCCCGUAACCACGGCCUCCGACAAUUCUCGGUGUAUCAAGGCUUUUGGAACGCAGGAUCCCGAGAGCUUGAGCGCGAGAUCAUUCCAAUGUGCAGAUCAGAGGGCAUGGCCAUCUGUCCCUGGGGCGCCGUGGGCGGAGGGAAGUUCAAAACUGAGGAGCAGCGUCAACGUGCAGACGGCCGCAACACCGGUUACUCCGAAACGGAUAUCAAGGUGAGCUUGGCUCUAGAGUCCAUUGCGAGCCGAAAGAACUCGACUCUCACGAGCAUCGCACUGGCGUAUGUUAUGCAUAAGGCUCCUUAUGUGUUUCCGGUUGCUGGCGGCAGAAAGAUCGAGCAACUCAAGGCUAAUAUCGAGGCGCUCACGAUUGGACUGAGCGACGAUGAGAUCAAGGAGAUUGAGAACGCCGCACCGUUUGACUGGGGCUUCCCACAUAAUCUGAUUUGGGCAGGCGGUGCCGGCACGUCCUACCAGAACGUGUGGCUCCUCGGCACGGGUGGAAACUUUGAGUAUGUCGAGGAAGUAAAGCCCAUUCUGCCGGCACAAGGAGGGUCGUGGGAACCUCGCUCAAAGUCUUACAUUUGGCGCUGGGUCUCGGAUCGUUUACGACGACCUAUGUGGAUUGGGAAUAGAGCCGUCACUGGCGCCAAUGGAGCCACGAGGUGGUAGGUUAUCUUUUGCGAGGUUGAAAAGCCCUUGCCCAAGAUGUGGCGGAGGAGGGUAUGAGCGACUGCUUUCUGUCUAUGGGAUCAUGGAGUGUUUCAUCAUGACGAGACAGCUUGUCAGUCCUGGCUUCUUGCGACUAGGUAAUAAAGAUCCCAGAGAUGGUAGGCAAUUAACAAAGCUAACAAGCUCCAUUGCACUCGAUUGGAUCCCGCCAUGUUGAUGCGGUA